AUGGAAAUUGACGCUCUCCCCUCCGGCCACUCCAACACCUCUCGCCAGCUCAUCACCCCCGGCAUGAUCAUCACCUCCGAUCCCCAAUGGAUGCGCGGUCACGGCACUUUCACCGCUCCCUCCGACUCCACGUCCGCCAUUCGGUCCACCGUGGCCGGCACCCUCCAAAAAACCAACAAACUCCUCUCCGUCGUGCCGCUCCGAGCACGCUACACGCCCGAAAUCGGCGAUUUGGUCAUUGGUCGCAUCGUGGAAGUGCAGUCGAGGAGGUGGAAGGUAGAUGUUGCAGCGCCUGUGUUGGCGAGUCUGCAGUUGAGUUCGAUCAAUUUGCCAGGAGGGACGCUGAGGAGGCGGACGGGGUAUGAUGAGUUGAAUAUUCGAUCGUUUUUUGGGGAGGGAGAGUUGUUGGUUGCUGAAGUGCAGAGUUUAUUCCAGGAUGGUAGUGCAGCGUUGCAUACACGAAGUCUGAAAUAUGGAAAAUUGAGAAAUGGAUAUUUCAUGGCGGUGAGUGGCGUGGGUGGUGGGAGUGGAGUGGUGAGGUCGAAGAGGCAGAUUUUCACGAUACAGACGCGAGGAAAGGGAGGAGAGGUGGAUGUCAUACUGGGGGUCAAUGGGUAUGUUUGGAUCAAUAAACACGCCGAGCUGAAAGAGCAGGGUGAUGCAGUGGGACUGAAUAAGAUCGAGGAGACGGUGAGUAUUGGGAUGUACUCGAGUCAGAACGAUGAGAUUGGGAAUGAGACGAGGAGAGAGAUUGCAAGGGUUGCGGGCUGUAUCAGGGCACUGGUGGAGGGGAGUGUCAAGGUCGCCGAAGAGACGGUAGUGAGGGCAUAUGAAGCUAGUCUAGAGUUGGAUGAGCUAGAAGGAGAAGAAGAGUACCUAGGUGGGGAGAGAGGAAGGCUCAUUGCGGACAUGGUGGUAGCCGGCAGUGGUCGCUGA